CGUAGAGUCGAAUCAUGUUGUGUCUACCACAUCGAUCCCGAAAUCUGAGUCGUCUCCUCCAUUAAACAUCUCGCCAGAUAGAUAGAUAAACUCCAAUCUCUCUCUCUGCCCGACGACUUCUCGUUUGUAAAGAUGAAAGCUUUCUACGUAUUCGUCGUCUCUCUGCUUCUCACCCUUCAUUCAAAGGGAGAAGCUAGUGGUUCUGUUUUCUUCAUUGAUGGAUCCAACAACCAAUAUCUUCGUCAACCAUCAGAGCAGGCGCUUCCCAUGUCCCUAUCUGAGAUAUCUGCAUCAGUGUCUGCCUUGUUGGGUUUUGCACCUCCAGCUACUUUGACUGCUUCUGGCUCAUCCAAGCUGAACAAGAUUCUUAAACCUAAUCCGUUUGAGAGGCCUCGUGCUGCUUUUGUGCUAGAAAUCGCCGGAGCUGGUGAUGCGCUUGUGGAAACUUACACUAGUCAUUCUUUCUUGGGCAAUGCCAUAAGAGGCAGUAUCAGUUCUGAUUCUUACAAUGCUGAUAUUGAACUUCCAGAAAGUGGAGUGGCUGUUGUAUCUGUCAAUGAACCCUCCUCUGAUGUGACUGACAAAGACAUCAAUGAGUUUGCAUCUUGGUUGGGUGGGUCGUAUGUUACUGGCUCUGAUGAACCAUUGACUGGAUUACUGAGUAUCCCUCUGGCCGGUGGUGCUAAUGUGGAGUUCCAUUUGGAGAAGGAAGCAGAGAGGAAAUUUGCAUUGAACCUUUUGGAUUUAUACAAGAAUAUCAGAGGGGCAGUCAAUCUUAAUGAGGAUUUAUCUCAUGGUAUUGAGAGACCUGCUGAAUUAACUGUUGGACGCUUUGGCGGAAUCCAUGCUUUAGCACAGGAGUAUGGGCAAGGUAAGGCUAAGCAAGGGAUGGAUGCAUUGCUGGCCACUCUAUCAAAGCUAUUCGAUCUGUUGGAGACAUCUCACAAAGGCCAAAUUGUUGGAGUGAUCGUUCUUGAUGAGAGAGCAAAUCAAGAAUCAGCGAAUAUGCUGAGCGUUGAGUCUUCUUCUCAUUCAUCUGCACGGUCGAUGGCUGAGGUAGAGGGAAUUCCAAGGCCAGCCAUUAUCGCUCAAGUUAUACUCGUUAGGCUGACGCUUGCAUGGUUAACUGGAAUCAUCCUUCUCAUUGCAACUAUCCUUGGGGUGUACUUCCUCAUGUACAUGCCUAUAACCAAGGACACACUCCUAUACUCAAACGUGAAGCUCGAUUAAGACAUAAAAUAGAGCUCAAGUGGACACCGAUGAAUCUUCAAAUCGUUUACAUCUUUUUGUGUGUAUCAAGCUGUAUUUCUCAACUGGCCUCAUUUGAAACCAGUAUUAUUUGAAUGUUUUAUGAGAAGGUUGACACUUUUUUUGUGGCCGGACCAGUGGAUGUGUUAUCUGUAUAUUGUUGCAAUAAGGUCUCAUUCUUGAUUUAUUAUUUGUUUUCUUUUCUUGCAUACAUGUGAGUCUCAGUCCUGAUAAUAAUAAUGAAGAUCGUUUUGAACACUCAUGUAAACUUCUGUUUCCUGUAAGAGCUUUU